CCCAACACAGCGGAUCACUCAGCGGUCUGUGGACGUCAUCAUGUCUACUUUGUUGACGGUGACGGCAUCUACAGGACGGACAAGAGUCACAAGAAUCCAGAGCAGGUGUUGGAUCUGGAGCAAGUCUCUGGAGCAGACGAUGAAAACAGAGCAGGGAGCAGAGACAGGAAGUGGAGUGUCCAGAGAAUACGUCUGUCCCCAGCAGAGAAGCACCUGGCUGCUACACUGAAGGCUAACGACAGGGAUGAACCGAGGUGUGUGAUAGUGCAACUGGAAGGAUUCAAACCCUCAAACGUCCUACUCACACUGGACGCCGUCUUCACUUUUGAGUGGGCCACAGACCAGGUGCUGUUUUACACCACUGCUCAAGGGCUGCGCAGCAGCAGAGUGUGUCGUCUGGACCUGAGCGGCUGUGUUCACAGCAUCACCAGUGUGUAUGAGGAACAACAACCAGAUGUGUUUGUGGAGGUGGCCCUCAGCAGAGACCAGGAGGUGCUGAGCAUCAACUGCAGCAGCAGGAGCAGUUCACAGGUGAUGCUGCUGCUGCAGCAGCAACACCGCUCACGGCCUCACCUGGUCCAAGAACGUCAGCCGGGGCUGCUGUACCACGUGGAGCACUGGAGAGGACACCUGAUCAUCCUGGCUAACACAGGACCGGGCCGUGAAUAUCAGGUCUUACAGGCUCCUCUCUCCCAACCAUCCAUGGUGUCCUGGGUCCCAGUGUUCACCCCUGACCCCGGGACCGUGAUCAAAGAUAUGGACAUCGUGGGAGACCACUGUGUGUUGACUGUAAGGACAAACACCAACCACCUUGUCCUGACUGUGGUUCCACUAAUGAACCAAGAGAGAGUCUACACCGUGAAGCUCCCUUCCUGGGUCUGUGUCGUUGAGACCAGGAGAGCAGCGGUACCAGAGCAGACGGAGGUGUUAGAACUCUUCAUCUGGUCUCCGGUCCACUCCCCACACCUGCUGCGUCUGGACCCACACCUUGGACUUGUGUCUUCAGGCAGUGAAGCCAGUCCUUCCACAGGAGAUCGGUACAAGACCACAAGCCUGGAGGCCUGCAGCCACGACGGCAGCCUGGUUCCUGUGACUCUGUUCCACUCGGCGUCUGUGGAGGCUUCGAGACGGACCCCACUGCUGCUCCAUGUCUACGGCUCCUAUGGCCUGGACCUCGGGAUGGAUUUCUGCCCACAGAAAACGCUGCUGCUGGAGGGAGGCUGGGCCCUGGCCUACUGCCACAUCAGAGGUGGAGCAGAGAAGGGUCUGUCCUGGCACCGACAGGCUCGUCGGGGGGGUAAGGAGAGGGGGGUCCAGGAUCUCCAGGCCUGUCUCCAGCGUCUCUUCUCCUCUGGAGUCUCCUGUCCUUCACUCACUGCCAUCACUGCACACAGUGCUGGAGCGGUGCCCGUGGCUGCACUGUGUAACAGACAACCACACCUGAUGAGAGCCGUCAGUCUGCAGGCUCCGUUCCUGGACGUGUUGGGAACGAUGGAGGACCAAAGUCUCCCUCUAACUCUGGAGGACAGAGACGAGUGGGGAGACCCCGUAGCCAACCCAAAAGACAGGCUCAGCAUCGCCUCCUACUGUCCCCGUCACAACAUUACUCCUCAGUGCUAUCCCUCCAUGCUGCUGACGGCCUACUCAGAUGACAGCAGGAUUCCAUUGGCAGGAGUCCUGAAAUACAGUCAACAACUGAAGGAGGCCAUCGAUACACACUUCAGCACAAACCCACAGCCUGAACCUGGACCAGAACCAAACCUAGUUCUGAACAUAAAAUCUGGAGCGAGUCAUCAUGGACCAGACGACUUUGAGCAGAUGUUGGAGGAGGAAGCUCUCAACCUGGCAUUUCUCCACAAGGAGCUGGGCCUCCAUCCUCCACGACGCAGGCCCAGGAGGUCAGGCUUCUGACAGCCCGUCAACAGUCCGUCAACAGUCCGUCAGUGUCGUCAUUUUCUCUUUGAG